GCGUCGCCGGAGACUGACGUCGCCGGGGUCCGGCGUCGCGUCCUGGGCUGUCCGGCGGCGGCGGCUGAGGCUGAGGCCAUGGCAGCGGAUACCGAGUGGGUUUGAAGGCUCAGGGCUGCUCCCUCCGGCGGGACGUCGGGGCCCGAAGCCCGCGCUGCAGCGCCCGCGCCCGCUCCCUCCCCCUCCCCCGUGGCUGCCGGGCCGGGCGGAGGCGGACGCGGUGGCGGAGGCGGAGGCCGGGGACUGGCCGCCCUGCUGGCUCCCGGCUCGGCCCGGCGGCGGUGCGCUCGGAGCGGAGGCCGCGUCGGUAGUGAAAGCGAAUACUGAAGACUAGAAUCUCAAGAUGAGUAAAAAGCCCCCAAAUCGUCCUGGAAUCACAUUUGAGAUCGGUGCUCGUUUGGAGGCACUGGACUACUUACAGAAAUGGUAUCCAUCACGAAUUGAAAAAAUCGACUAUGAGGAGGGCAAGAUGUUAGUCCAUUUUGAGCGCUGGAGUCAUCGCUAUGAUGAGUGGAUUUAUUGGGAUAGUAACAGGUUGCGGCCCCUCGAGCGGCCUGCGCUGAGGAAAGAAGGACUCAAAGAUGACGACGACUUCUUUGAUUUUAAAGCUGGAGAGGAAGUUCUGGCCCGUUGGACAGACUGUCGAUACUACCCUGCCAAGAUUGAAGCCAUUAACAAGGAAGGAACAUUCACAGUUCAGUUUUAUGAUGGAGUAAUCCGUUGUUUAAAAAGAAUGCAUAUUAAAGCCAUGCCCGAGGAUGCUAAGGGGCAGUUUGUGUUCCAGGUGAGAUCCCAACACCCACUUAGCUGGUGUUGUCCUAGCGACCCAGCUGGACCGUGUAACCAGUCUAUGGGAAGUGAGGAUUGGAUAGCUUUAGUCAAAGCGGCUGCUGCAGCUGCAGCCAAGAAUAAAACAGGGAAUAAGCCUCGAGCCAGCGCUAACAGCAACAAAGAGAAAGAGAAAGAGAAAGAGAAAGAGAAAGAUGAAAGAAAAUGGUUUAAAGUACCUUCAAAGAAGGAAGAGACUUCCAGCUCUAAAGCCGCAGCAGAAGCUGACAAGAAAGAAGAUCUGCCCACAUCUAGUGAGCCCUUCGUAGGACUUCAUGUAGAGAACGUUCCAAAGAUGGUCUUUCCACAGCCAGAGAAUACAUUGUCGAACAAGAGGAAAAAUAAUCAAGGCAACUCAUUUCAGGCAAAGAGAGCCCGACUGAACAAGAUUACUGGUUUGUUGGCAUCCAAAGCUGUUGGGGUGGAUGGUGCCGAGAAAAAGGAAGACCACAGUGAAGCGGCUCCAUUGCUGGAGCAGGCGAUUUCACCUAAACCUCAAAGUCAGAAAAAAAAUGAAGCUGACAUUAGCAGUUCUGCCAACACUCAGAAACCUGCACUGUUAUCCUCAACUUUGUCUUCAGGAAAGGCUCGCAGCAAGAAAUGCAAACAUGAAUCUGGAGAUUCUGCUGGGUGUAUAAAGCCCCCUAAAUCACCACUUGCCCCAGAAUUAAUACAAGUCGAGGAUUUGACGCUUGUAUCUCAGCUUUCUUCUUCAGUGAUAAAUAAAACUAGUUCUCCACAGCCUGUGAACCCCCCUAGACCUUUCAAGCAUAGUGAGCGGAGAAGACGGUCCCAGCGUUUAGCCACCUUGCCCAUGCCUGAUGACUCUGUAGAAAAGGUUUCUCCUCCCUCUCCAGCCACUGAUGGGAAAGUAUUCUCUGUCAGUUCUCAAAAUCCACAAGAGUCUACAGUACCAAAGGUGCCUGAUGUUACUCAUUUGUCACUUGAGAAGCUGGGACCCUGUCUCCCUCUUGACUUAAGUCGUGGUUCAGAAGUGACAGCACCGCUAGCCACGGAUUCCUCUUCCCAUAAGGAGAGUCCCAGCAUAGAGAAGGAAGAGGCGCAGCUGCUUACACAUCCUCCUUGCAAAGCAAUAGCUGAUGGAAAAGGGACUCCGCUAACAUCAGGAAUUUCGAAAACAGAAAAAAAAGUGAAAGUGGAAGAAAAAAGCUCAACAUCUUUUGGUAAGAGAAAAGAAAAGGAUAAGGAAAAAAGAGAGAAGCGAGAAAAAGAUCACUACAAACCAAAACAGAAGAAGAAGAAGAAAAAGAAGAAAAAAUGUAAGCAUCCUGAUUACUCAGACUAUGAAGAUAGUUCCCUAGAAUUUUUGGAAAGAUGCUCUUCUCCACUAACUCGAUCCUCUGGGAGUUCUCUUGCUCUGCGAAGCAUGUUCACGGAGAAAAAUGCAGCUUACCAGUAUCCAAGGGCAAUUUUGUCAGUUGAUCUUAGUGGUGAAAACUUGUCAGAUGUGGACUUCCUAGAUGAUUCCUCAACAGAGAGUUUGCUUCUGAGUGGAGAUGAGUACAAUCAGGACUUUGAUUCCACCAACUUUGAAGAGUCCCAGGAUGAGGAUGACGCUCUGAAUGAAAUUGUGCGGUGUGUCUGUGAAAUGGACGAGGAGAACGGCUUCAUGAUCCAGUGUGAAGAGUGCUUAUGCUGGCAACACAGCUUGUGCAUGGGCUUGCUGGAGGAGAGCAUUCCUGAGCAGUACCUCUGCUACGUGUGCCGAGACCCUCCUGGUCAGAGGUGGAACGCCAAAUAUCGUUACGAUAAGGACUGGUUGAAUAACGGGAGAAUGUGUGGGCUGUCAUUUUUAAAAGAAAAUUAUUCUCAUCUCAAUGCCAAAAAGAUCGUCUCGACACAUCAUCUGCUUGCUGAUGUCUACGGUGUCACAGAAGUGCUGCGUGGAUUGCAGCUGAAGAUUGGAAUACUCAAGAAUAAGCAUCAUCCUGACCUUCGUCUCUGGGCUUGUUCUGGAAAGCUGGAAGACCGAGACCACGUAGUGUCUGGAGCAGAGAAAGCAACAACAGCGCGAGACACAGCUCCCCCAGAAGAGAAAGAAUGCUCUGGACAGAGCCCUAGCGAGCCGCCUCGUUUGCCCUUUCACAUGGAGGGAACAUACAUAACAAGUGAGCAUAGCUACCAGAAACCACAGACUUUUGGUCCAGACUGUAGAUUUCCUGCAGACCCUGGUAGCUCAGAUGAUGAUGAUGUGAGUAGUUUGGAAGAACACGAAUUCCACAUGAGAGAUGAAAACCAUUUGCAGUAUUUAGUAAAAGAAGACGGAAGGCCCGAAAAGAAGAGUCCAGCCGCCAUGUUUGUGUAUGACGACGAGAAGGAGACUGAGGACCCAGGAGACUCCCAUCUGCAGUGGCAGCUCAACCUCCUCACGCACAUAGAGAACGUGCAGAAUGAAGUCACCAGCAGGAUGGACUCAAUAGAAAAAGAAGUUGAUGUUCUGGAAAGUUGGCUUGAUUUCACAGGGGAGCUGGAGCCACCUGACCCUCUUGCAAGACUGCCCCAACUUAAGCGCCACAUCAAACAGCUGCUGCUUGACAUGGGCAAAGUUCAGCAGAUAGCAACGCUUUGCUCUGUAUGACAACGGUGCAGACCAAGUAAAAGGAAUAUGACUCGCUUCAAUCAAAUAAGUUUUGCUGUCCACCUAGGACAUGGAUAGUUAAAAUAAGUGGAUAGUCACAAAGCUUAGUGAUUCUUGGUCAUUACCUGUUUCCUAACAACACAAUGGAUGCACCAUGGAAAAGAUCGUAAUGUCUUACACGCCAAGGAUCAAUGAAGCAGAAUGUGAUCUGUCCUGAGGUAAUCAGAUUAGCAGGGUUUUGGAACAGUCGCUCACAUGAAGCUCAAGAUACCAAUAGAAAGAAAGAAGGUCAAGGUAGCUCGUAACGUAGUUUUUAAUAGGAAAAGCCAUGUCUGUUAACCAGCAUUUGGCCCAAAGCAGAAUUGCUGGGGAACUGUGAGCCCGGAGAACCGGAGAGUUCGAGAAGCUUGUCAUAAGAACUGUUUUCCUUUGCAGCUGAUCCAGCUCAACCAAAAUUCGGACCAUUUCAACUUCAUAGGAUCAUGAAUUAUUUCUUAGGUGAUAAAUGUACUUAAUCAGAAAACUGACAGUAGGAGUCUCACUUCUGAAGAAAAUAAUUGUGGAAUUUUUAUUUCAUUAUGAAUUUGGGUUUUUUUUGUUUUGUUUUGUUUUUUUAAAAAGAAAAAAAAAACACAUUUAUUUGCAGGCAUUAAGCCCAUUAAAAACAAAAUGGCUUGCAGGAAGGGUCAGUGCCAAAUGAUGACGAUAGUGCUGGAAAGACAAUUCUAAAUCUUUUGAGAAUUCUCCAACCCCGACCCUGACAUAAGGCCACCAGUCCAGCAGAGACGUGUGUGUCGCAUAUACCAUGUAGCGUAUAUAGUUGAAUCACAAGUAUUCAGGCGUCAGCGUACAGCUUGAUCCUGAGUAUACUUUCCUGUUUGCCUUCAGAAAAGAAAAAUUGUAAAUAGCCUCAGCUGGGAUGAGGAGUGACAAAAAUAAAAUAAUCUGUGGCUGUGGAUUUUUUUAACUGCUGAUGGUAUCCUAGUACUGGAAAAAGUUUCACUUCUGAAGAUGAAUUUUAUUUUUUAAAAAUAACAUGCACACCCCAAAUUAGCUUUGCCCACAAAUGGAUAAAGUCCUGAAACCAAAGGCAACCAAGUUGCUGUCAUAGCUCUUGCUGGCCGGUGAGCCCAGGCCUUCCUGUCUACCCGUGCUCGUGUGAAGUGACCGUGCUGCCCCGUGCCCCACACGCGGUGUGUGGUGUGCAGUGUGCGUGACUCUGUGCUUGUUUGAGACAAACGCUCAACGUACAUAUGUACAUGAUCACACAUAUUUCUGCGUGCACACAUCUAGUUUUAUUACUAUAUAAGAGUCGGUGGUUAACAUGAAAUGUUACCUUUUAAUAGACUUGUUUUUAAAAAUUAAAAAUUGUAUGUACAGGUUUUGAAACUUUUUUAAAAAGGGGGAACACUUAAGAGGAGGCUAUUUGGUGACAUAACACUUGAAUAUUUUAUGCCUCAUUCUGUGUAUCAGUUCUAGCGAUCUGUAUAAAUGCGUUUUAGAACUGAUAGACAGUAAACUUGAAUUUAUCUUUGAUAAGAAUACAUGCCACUGUACAUUCAGAUAUUAUUUAAAUUCGCACACACACUGUUCGAUAUGUAAGGUACUGUAUGUAAAACUCGUUAUUAAAACUAUUCCACAUAA